AAAGAGAAAAUUCACCCCGGUUUCUUCAUUUUACACAUCCAUGUUUCUAUCUCGUAUCUGUUCCGAGAUUGUACUUCCCAUUUUGCCCUCAUCCUUUUGGUAAAAUUCGCUCUCUCCUGCCUUCAGACUUAUAUAUGCACACCCACCAAAGGAUAGAUCUUUCUUCUUCAUUCUCUCUCUCUCUGAGUGGUAUAUAUAUCCCGAGGAAGAACACAGAACCACGCUUUGGUGUCGUCUCUCGUGGAUUCUCUUUGAGUCAAUAUGUGUUCGCUAUCUAAGGAUCUUAUUGGGAACUUUUUACAAACAUUUAUCGUGCUGUCUGGAUCUGAAUUGGGAGGGUAUUGAUAAGAUAGAUAUUUGCAGGUAAUUUAUUUGGAUUUCUAAGUUAUUUGUUGAUUUGGGUCUUGGAAAAUGCCUGGAGUUGUGGUGGAUGAAACUCGUGAAGAUGGGGCAGUGAAUGAAAAUGGGAAUUCUACGCUUCUUAAGGAGAAUUCAGUUCAAAGUAAGUCCCCUAAGAAUAAGAGCCUUCAGAGUCCCCGGAGAGAUGUUGGUGAAGCCGUGGAGGAGACCUCGAUUGAGCAGCUUUAUGAUAAGGUGUGUGAGAUGCAGAGUUCUGAUCAAUCACCUUCAAGGGCUAGCUUUGGAUCUGAUGGCGAUGAGUCCAGGAUUGACUCGGAGUUGCGCCAUCUUGUUGGUGGAGAGAUGAGGGAAGUGGAGAUAAUGAAAGAGGAAGAGGAGAUGGAAAAAGUUGGAGAUGACUGUCGUAGCGAUUCUGGUUUACAGAAAGAAAGCUCAUCUGCGGGUAAGAAGUUGGGGAAACUGGAUAAUACCCAAUCUUCUAGUACAAAGUCUCCUCCAGCACAAUCGAAGAAGGCUUCUGAAUUCCAACUGGAAUCGGAAGCAUCAUCCGUGUCAAAUCCCAAGAGUAAAAGUCCUCAAAAUAAGACUCCCACAGAUAAGGGGAACGAUAAGAACUCGAGAAAGCCAAAUGCCGGAGGCAUUUCUACUAAAAAACAGAGGAAAUCACAAAUGGGAGGUAUGAAAUUGCAAAACGGGUCUGAGGAAGCAUCUGAAGAUGCAUUGGACAAUCCAGAUCUUGGACCUUUUCUGCUAAAGCAAGCAAGGGAUUUGAUUUCUUCUGGGGAUAAUCCCCAGAAAGCUCUUGAAUUAGCUCUUCGAGCAGCAAAAUCAUUCGAGAAAUGUGCAAAUGGAAAGCCAAGUUUAGAUGUGGUCAUGUGCCUACAUGUAACUGCAGCAAUAUAUUGUAACUUAGGCCAGUAUAAUGAUGCAAUUCCAAUUCUUGAGCACUCAGUAGAGAUUCCACUGGUAGAGGAAGGCCAAGAUCAUGCACUUGCUAAAUUUGCUGGUUAUAUGCAGUUGGGUGAUACAUAUGCACUGGUGGGCCACCUUGAGAACUCUAUAGUGAGUUACACAACGGGUUUUGAAAUUCAGAGACAAGUUUUGGGAGAUACAGAUCCAAGAGUUGGUGAGACUUGCAGGUAUUUGGCUGAAGCUCAUGUCCAAGCAUUGCGAUUUGAUGAUGCAGAGAAAUUUUGUCAAAUUGCUCUUGACAUCCACAAAGAGAAUGGUUCUCCUGCUUCCCUUGAAGAGGCAGCUGAUAGGAGGCUCAUGGGUCUUAUAUGUGAAACAAAAGGGGAUCAUGAGGCUGCUCUUGAGCAUCUUGUUUUAGCUAGCAUGGCCAUGGUGGGAAAUGGCCACGAAAUGGAGGUUGCAUCUGUAGAUUGCAGCAUUGGAGAUGCGUACUUAUCAUUGGCUCGGUUUGAUGAGGCGGUAUUCGCUUAUCAGAAGGCACUAACAGUUUUCAAGUCCACCAAAGGAGAAAAUCAUCCAGCAGUUGCUUCUGUUUUUGUCCGCCUGGCUGACUUGUAUAAUAAGACUGGCAAACUGAAGGAGUCAAAAUCCUACUGUGAGAAUGCCCUUCGUAUAUAUGGGAAGCCCAUUCCUGGGAUUCCUCCAGAAGAGAUUGCUAGUGGUCUCACUGAUGUUUCUGCUAUUUAUGAAUCAAUGAAUGAGCUUGAACAGGCAAUCAAGUUAUUGCAGAAGGCAUUAAAGAUAUACAAUGAUGCUCCUGGUCAGCAAAGCACGAUUGCAGGAAUUGAAGCUCAAAUGGGAGUCUUGUACUACAUGUUGGGAAACUAUUCUGAGUCUUACAACUCCUUUAAGAAUGCAACUUCAAAGCUCCGUGCAAGUGGGGAGAAGAAGUCUGCCUUCUUUGGGAUUGCUCUUAACCAAAUGGGGCUUGCCUGUGUGCAGCGUUAUGCUAUAAAUGAGGCUGCAGAAUUGUUUGAAGAGGCAAAGAGUAUCUUGGAACAGGAAUAUGGACCCUAUCACCCCGAUACGCUUGGAGUAUACAGCAAUCUUGCUGGCGCAUAUGAUGCAAUUGGCAGGUUGGAUGAUGCCAUUGAAAUAUUGGAGCGUGUUGUUGGCAUGAGGGAGGAAAAGCUCGGGACAGCAAAUCCUGAUGUGGAUGAUGAAAAGAAGAGGUUGGCAGAAUUAUUAAAAGAAGCAGGCAGGGUCCGCAGUAGAAAGGGAAGAUCACUAGAAAACCUCCUCGAUGCCAACCAUCAUCCUGUAAACAAGGAUGGGAUUAAGGUAUGAGAAGGAUGGCUACACUAUUGUGGAUGAUGUAUUAUAAGACAUUUAAAAGCAAAGAAAGAAUAAGAAAAAAAGAACAAAAAAAGUAUAGGUCCGGUUUGUUGAUUAGGUUCUUGUGGUGGAAAUCAAUUGAAAUAACUGGGUGGGUUUAUGCUUGUGCUAUUGAUCUACAUUUUUUGUAUUGGUCAAAGGUGAUUGAUUCCAUAUUGUAUUGCCUUUGUUUAAGUUAAUGUUAGUAUUUGUAUAAUUGUGUUCAAUGAUUGAUGAGCUUCUGUUCUCCACCAUUGCUA